AUGGUGGAAGUGCAAGUUUCCCAAAUUGCAGAAGGAUCCAAGAGACAAGCCAAUGUUCUUCCGGGAAAAGUGGAGGAGAACCCUAAGUUUUGCAAGGUGAUAACAACCAAGAAGAAAGAUGCCGUUUCACCAGCCCCUAGAGUUCAAUCAACCUCCAAGUAUCAUGUGACAAGGCGUGAAGAUGAUGAGCCUAUUUCAAAAGCACCACAUCAAAGGAGGCUUAAGAAGAGAGAAGAUCCAGUGAAGUUUAUCUUCCCUUGCACAAUCAAUGAGAUGGAGCCUCCUGGAAAGAUGCUCAAGUUUGCAGAUGCUUCUAGCACAACUCCAUAUGGCUUUGUGCGUGAUCUAGAGAUGCAAGUAGGUGGAUGUCUAGUCCCCACCGAUUUCCACAUCAUAGAGAUGCAAGAUGAAGCUUCUAUGUCACUGGUCCUUGGGACUCCUUUCCUUACAACCGUGGGAGCAAUGUUUGAUUUUCGCAAGGGACAAGUCUCUUUCUCUGAAAUCAAGAAGAAGGUCUUCUAUCCUGGCGUUCCUACUGAAACCUCAUGUUGUACAACCAUCUACAGUGAGGAGAGAGCAAGUUUAGACCCUGGAGAUGACAUUAAAAGGUCACAAGACGUUCCUCAAGAAGCUCUCUACAUUGGAUCUUAUGACAUUUUCAAGUCAGCCCCAAGUGCAGCCAAGCUACCACCAGAGGAAGCCACUCUCACGACCAAGGAAGGAGCCUUGCCGCCUAAAGAUCCAAAGAAAAAUGAGCACUAUCCCAAACCAAAGGAGAGGAAGAAACCAUCGGAGCUGAAACAUAAAGAUGUCUUCAAGGACCUCCACUCGGUUUUGCCUCCCCCCUUUGAUGAAUAUGAAGCUAAGGAGGAGCCUGAUGAUCCUACCGCAAAGGAGAAGCUAAAGAACACCUUAAGGCUCUUCCCGAGUGCAUUUGUCUUCAAAGAUGGCAUGGGAGAUGAUAUUGGCGUGCCCAAACCACCACAUGAACCCCCUGGACAAGAGAAGGAAGAAGCAAAAGGGAUCCUAAACCCCUUAGUUGAUGCUCCAACCAACUAA